CGGCGGCGGCGGCGGCGGCGGCAGCUGGUGGAAGCCCAAGGUGGCAGAGGGGCCGCCGCCACCAAAGGAAAGGAGGACGGCCUACAAACCCAGCACCAGCAACGCCACCGCCCUCUUCGCCUGCCCCGCCGCCCUCCUAACACUCUCUUCGCCUGUGCAUCCUUCCCUCCCAGCUCUGGCAAGCACUCACUGGACCGGUCGCCCGCGGAUCCUCCUUCUCCACGGGCUCUUAGCAGAGGCAGCAGCGAGGUGUCCGAUUUGGGCACGUGAGGCCCGCGAUCUCCGGCGGUGGACGCCAGGCAGGGCAAGGCCAUUGGUGGGCGCCAGAAAGGAGGGAGGGGGAUGGGAUGGAAUCUUGCAAGAAAUAAAGGCAUGAAGACUCCCAAUGUACAAGAGGCCGAAGGGCAACAAACCAGGGCAGCUGCAGGAAGGGCCACUGGGUCUGCAAACGUGUCCAAGAAGAAAGCUUCCCAGAAGAAGCACAGAGGCAGACCUUCAUCCCAGCCUCGCAGGAACAUCGUGGGCUGCAGAAUUUCCCAUGGAUGGAAGGAAGGCGAUGAGCCCAUCACCCAGUGGAAGGGAACUGUUCUGGAUCAGGUGCCCAUAAACCCCUCUCUUUAUCUGGUGAAAUAUGAUGGAAUUGACUGUGUCUAUGGCCUGGAACUUCACAGAGAUGAAAGAGUUUUGUCUCUUAAAAUUCUUUCCGACAGGGUGGCAUCAUCCCAAGUUAGUGAUGCCAACCUUGCAAAUACCAUAAUUGGCAAAGCAGUGGAACAUAUGUUUGAGGGUGAGCAUGGUUCUAAGGAUGAAUGGAGGGGGAUGGUCCUAGCCCAAGCACCUAUCAUGAAAGCCUGGUUUUAUAUUACCUAUGAGAAAGAUCCUGUCCUGUACAUGUACCAGCUUCUAGAUGAUUAUAAAGAAGGUGACCUCCGUAUCAUGCCAGAGUCCAGUGAGUCUCCUCCAGCAGAGAGGGAGCCCGGAGGAGUUGUAGAUGGCCUGAUAGGCAAACAUGUGGAAUAUACCAAAGAAGAUGGCUCCAAAAGAAUCGGAAUGGUCAUUCACCAAGUGGAAGCCAAACCCUCUGUGUAUUUCAUCAAGUUUGAUGAUGAUUUCCACAUCUAUGUCUAUGAUUUGGUGAAAAAGUCCUAACUGUUAGGGUAAAAUGUGCCACAAUUUUGGAAAUAAACGUAUAAUUUGUAGACACUCCAAAAAAUGCUGCUUUUCAGUGUAUUGAAAGUUUAAGGGUCCCUGAAAACCCAACGUCUUUGCCAGCAUAACUGUUGUUUUGUUCUGAAAAAUACAAGUUUAUGUGGACAUGACAUGCUGUGUGUAAGCACUUUGUCUUGUUGAAAAGAUUGAGUGUGUUUGGUGGAUGGGGCACGAAAGGAAGGAACAGCUGUCAAUUCAGGCUGUGAAUAAAGUGCAGCUAGUAUCAUAAUCACUCAUCUAAAAAUGGAACAAGACUUAGCUGGUCUGAUCUGGAGGGGAGGGGAAAGGACUAAUGAUGGGCUGUGGGGGAUGGGAGAGGAGGAGGUAUCUACUUAGGCAGAGGGAGAGAGGGGCCAAACAAUUGGGAGGCUCCCUGUGGGAGGGGUAGGCUACAGGAGGGGAAACAACCAAUUUGGAAGGGAGGGAAGGAUGUCAGAGAGUGGAUCUUGGGGCUUCGAGGAAAACACUCGAGUAAAUUGUGUAGAGAGGGACACAAGGACGCUUAGAAGAGGUCCAGAGUAAGGGAGAUGGGAUGAUCAAGCUUCAGGGAAGCCAGAGGACACACAAAGGAGGGUCUAUACAUGGGUAGCAUGGCCAAAAGGGAGGGACACUGAGGAAGGAGCAAUUGCAAGAAGAAAGAAUGACUGCGGAAAUGAAAAUUGGGGAGGGGGCAGGUGAGAGAGCAGGUCCCAUGAGGAUGGAAAAGUUCAGGGAAAGCUGGACCCCAGCCAUAUCCAUAUUGCCCUCCCUGGCUCUGUGCACAAAGAAAGUGGCAACUGUCAAAGAAAGCAGAUGCACUAGAGAUUCCCUAGAAGGGCAUUUGACAGCAAUGAAUGACUCAGACAACUUAAGUGGGAGCCAAGUGUAUAACUUUAAAGCUUUUCUUGUUUCAGGGAGUUUGUGCCACACUGGCCCAACAGAACCUCAGCCCUCAGCCUAGACACACUAACAUGGUGCUUCAUAAACCUGGGCAGUGAGAAAAUAUUUUACCCAGAAAAAUGGAACCUUGCUGAAGCCAGGUACAGCAGUCCCACCACUGUUCUUCCUCCUACAGGAAUGUUCUUGCCUCCCUAGAGAGGAGGAGCAUGAGAGGAUUGAACUUAAUGUCUCUCCAGGGCAUGGCGAGUACUUGACUAUCCAUGCUUCUUUCAACAGCUGCCUGAAACCACAGGUGGCAGCAACCAGUGCUCCACCAAAGGGAGGCUCUCUUGCCCUAGGAGCCCCAUUCUGGCUAUACUCCACUCAAAGCCUGUGGCUAUUGACACUACACUGGUGCUUCCUGGCCAUCUUGUCCCCUUUAAACUCAUGGGGAGCUCUGAUGGAAGUUUGCGCAACUCUUUUGUUUCCAGGUGAUACUGAUGCCAUGGUUGGUUGGGCUGGGAAUUGUGAUUUUGUACAACUAAUUGCUUGGACUGUAUAAUGCCGCAUGGAAGUGUGGUGGUUGGUGGAGGAAAAAGGAGUGACAACCGCAAUAAAAUCCC